GCUCCUCUGACUCCGCGGCUCCUCAUUCACUAGAAGAUGGCGGACUGCGCUCCACUGUUAGAUGAGGAACUCUCGUCCUUUGUCUUCAAUUACCUGACAGAAAACUCCGGCAGCCAGUAUGGGGAGGAGGAGGUGUGUUCGGACCGCUUGGACACCGACUUCCCGGACAUCGACCUCUCGCAGCUGGACACCAGCGACUUCGACAGCGUCAACUAUCUCAGCGAGCUGCAGUGGUGCAACGACCAGCCUGCGGACGCCUCGCCUGCCUCCAUCCACUACAGCACAGCAGACGAACUGUUUGAGAUAGAAGAGGAGAACGCGGCUCUGCUCGCCGCUCUGACCGACAGCUUGGAUGGCAUGGUGGAUGCCGAGGUGGGCGGGCUCUCCGUCUUCCCCGCCCUGGGGGAGGAGUCCGACCAGCAAGACGACGACGACGAGGAUAGUCUUCCACUCAGCGCCGAGGACUUCAGUCGCUCCCUGGGGCCCGAGACAGAAGACCCAUCACUACUGAAGAAGCUGCUGCUGACUCCUCCCAACGUGCCCACGGGCACCGACGCACACAAAGAUGGAGUCCACGGCCAUCGCUAUAGCAACAGAAGCCUGACACUGCGGCCGGUCAGACCUCUGGUCAAGACCGACCUUCCUCCGGAGCGUAAACCGCGGGCGGUGCGUCCAGCGGGACGCCUCUGCACCGAGCUCCACCGUCACCUCACCACCGCCCGGGACGCGGAGGACGCCCCCGCCCCGGACACGGAGGAGGACGAAGAGGAGGAAGAGGACGAGGACAGUGAGUCGGAGGAGGAGGACGAUGAGGAGGAGGAGGAAGAGGAGGAGUCUUCCAGCAGCGAGGUAGAGGGCGCCGCGGUGGCGGUCGUCGAGCCGGCGAAGCCUCAGUUCAGCUCAGAGAAAGAACUGCAGUCUGUGGUGGAGCUGAUCACAUACAUGCACACCUACUGUCUGCCCACGCGCAAGCAGCACGGCUGGGAGCGCAAGGACCGCGACCUGUCCCGGGCCCGCGCUCGAACUGAGGCCUCGCGCCCGCACGCCACAAACUCUGCCAGUAGAGUCGUCUUGGUGUCCACUCCUGGGACCAGCGUGGGCUCGACUGGGACGGGCGGCGGCAGUGGUGCCCCCAGGAGGCUGCCCUUUGCAAGGACGCGGGUGAUGAAGGCGGACUCGGUCCUCCGCGAGCUCCUGCAGCAGAGCGCCUCUUUCGACGUGAGCAAGCCUUACAGACUGCACAGCGCGCCAUAUUCCCACUCCCACAGUCCAAACAGAGCAGCACCUGCUCCGCCCACUAAAUCACCCCACUCCCACACCUCUACCGACCCACAACCACGGCUCCACAAAGACUCUUCCUCCCCCGAGAGGGGGAACUCUGCUGAGGCUCUUAAAAUACCAGAGGACACCGUAGAGGACAGCGGCUCCUUCUCAGUCCGCCGUUCCCGCCGCUUGGCUUCGUUCCCGAGCCGCUUCGCCAAGAGGCUGCGACCCGCUGGACACGUGAGGGACGGAGACGGCAGGGACAAGCAGGAGAGGGACGAGCAGGCGGGAGUCAAACUCCUGCCGACGCAAGCGGGGGGCGGCACCACGACGGAGGCUCGGCCGGAACGGCUGACGUCAACUGAGGCAACCAAUUCCUGCCACCACAGCGAAAAGCGAGCUUGCCUGUGCCUGCCUCUGAACACCAAGUCCACAGGAGAGUCACAGUUCAGCACGAAGGCGUUUGAGCAGACGCUCAGUGUGGAUCUUUGUGGAACGGCAGGUCUGACCCCUCCCACUACCCCACCUCACAAAUCUGUAGAGGACGAGCUCUUCAAGCCGACAGAGGGAGGAAAGGGAGGCGGCAGCAGCGAAGACGGUGGAGGAGGCGGUGGCGGCAGCGAGUCGGUCCAUCCCGCUUCAAACGCCAACACCAACACCAACGUUUCAAUGAAGGCCUCGUCCUGGCUGAGCCGCACCCACCACCAGAGGAAGCUUCCAGAGCAGACGGAGCUGUACGCCCAGCUGCGUCGCAUGGGCCAGGCCGGCGACGGUGACGGAGACAGUGACAGCCGCCGCAACUUUGGCGACCACGACUACUGCGCACUGAGCUUCGGCGAGAGUCGUAAGCGUAGCGCUGCCAUGCUCGGUGCCAUUUUGCAAGCGCAGGGAGGGAGCGACAUAGUCGGUACCAAAGCAGCCGACGAUCAGGAAUCGGUUGGGAAGGAGAGGGAGGUGAUGUCAGACAACACGGGAGCAAAGGAGCAGCAGGUGAACCUGGUCGUGUCCUCGUCGCUGCCGUCAGAAUUCCAGUCGGCAGGAGCCACGGCGCCAGCUUCAGAGGAAGAGGCGGAGCGCUCUCGCUCGCCCUCACCCACCCUUCCAUGUCCCGACUCCCCCGCCAGUAAGACAGACUCCAGUGAGAAUUCCGAGAUCUGUCCCGAUGACACGCAGAGGAACAAAGCCAAGUCUGACGAGGACAACUGCCAGGUGUUUUACAUCCACAACCUGCCGAGCAGCGUGACCCAGAACAUGCUGAGGAAACGCUUCCAGGUGUUCGGCAACGCAGAGGACUGCAAAGUCAUCAUCUGCAACGAGGAGCGUUGCGGGGUGAUAAAGAUUCGUAAGUCAGGAGGUCAAAGACACUGGAGAGAGCGGGAGCCAGUUUUUCAGAAUGGACCUGCGGGCCAGAGGAGGCUCGCGAGAAAGCGCUACAUUGAUCUUGACGAGGCAGGUCCAGGCCCCGUCAAGAGCAAGUACGACGCACUGGACUUUGACACUCUGCUGAAGGAAGCCCAGAAGUCCCUCCACCGCUGACAGCACAGCGCCCUCGUCUGGCCAGCCUUAGUAAAAACCACAGCAACACACCCCUCCGACUACUCUGCUCUGCCCUCAGAAAGACCUCUCGGUACCUCCAUGCAAGGCAACCUCGUAAAAUGUUUACAUUUUUACCAUUGGAUUAACGUAACAACAAGAACCUUGUUGUUGUUGUUGUUUUUUUUUUUUAAGUUUCUUUCACCGGAGGAUACUGCUUAAAAAACGGGGAAGCCACUGGGAGUCCCGAUGAGCUUAAGAGACAAUGGAUGAAAUAAGAUUUUAAAACAGCAAUGGUACAAAACAACUACAAACAAUAAUGCUAGUUGCCUGCUGAACAACAAUAACAACAAAGCUGCUUCCUGUCUAUGUUGGUGACAUCAACGCCCCCUGCCUUGGAAGCGUGGGUGUGAGAGACCUCUGUAGCAAAUCCUUGCUAUCCCUGCAUUGCGUUGGUCCUCGUGGUGUGCGUUUCUGCGUGUGUGCGUGUUCUUUGUUCAGUU